UGAGCUAACCACUUCUUCUCGGAUUCCAACUCUCUAUAUUAACCAAACACCCUCCACUCCAUUCCCCAACACCAUUGGAAUUCAACCCCCAAACAACCCCCACUACUACAGCAGUCUACACCCAAAUCUCGAGACCGAAGCUUCGUUCGCUCAUCACCACAAAAAAAGGGGCAGAGAUAAUGAGUUCGACGAGCAGAGCUUGGAUCGUGGCGGCCAGCAUCGGAGCUGUGGAAGCGCUCAAGGACCAGGGCGUCUGCAGGUGGAACCAUGUCCUCAGGUCGCUCCACCAGCACGCCAAGACCAAUCUCCGGUCUUAUUCUCAGGCCAGGAAGCUCUCUUCCCCUGCUUCCUCCGCGGUCGACAGGACGAUCGGCGAAGGGAAGCUGCGGCAAUCUGAGGAGUCCUUCAGAAAAGUCUUGUACUUGAGUUCUUGGGGAGCUUAUUGAGUCCCCCUGCCUUCUUCAUCUUGAUCGAGGACUGUAAUUAGACUAAAAAAAAAACACAAUUAUGGGAAAUAUUGCUUCCUUCACA